AACUGUUAAAGACGAGUUAUUUCCCUUCCAUUAUGGCGUCGAGCAGUGGCAGAAUUCGGAAACCGUCGAAAAGACUUUCUCCUGAUGGAGGUUUCAUUACAACCCCUACUAAAAAACGGAAGCAUACUGUUGUGGCACCUGUGGCAGCACCUCAAGAAACAACUGAAGUCCAUCAUGCACCUUUGGUUCAAGAGGUCUCACAGGCUAUCAAUUUGUUUCCGGCCCCGGUACCCAUCUCGACAGUUCCCACUAACAGUGCUACCUGUACUACAGUGACAGAAGAAGUCGUCCCGGACCGACCUCUCGCUGUUUUUAAAGAUGUCAAUUACAUGAUGAUGAAGAAGGAAGCAGUGGGUUCCAGGAAGGCUCGUGUUUUGAAAAACCUAAAGCAGGUGAUUACUGCGGAAAGAUCAUUGCCAUGGAAACCAACAGAUGUUACAUACAGCUCCAUAGAUGCUCCACCUUCUUUUAAACCAGCCAAGAAAUACUCCGACCUAUCAGGACUGCUGGCACCGUACACUGACCCACAGACGAAGAUACGUUAUGCUACCACUGAAGAAUUCACCAGAGCGAGAAUGUUACCCAGUGAUGUGAUAGCUGGUUUACUUACUCUACGACGAGCAUGUUUGCCCAUUCCCUGAUAACAAUUGAAAAACGCAUUAAGCAUGGAUAAGAUGAAAACAUCACUGAUAUAUGGAAAAACACUGUUUUCUUUGAAACUUUGCCUGAAGGAGAAAGAAGAAAGCUUCAGUCGUGUGACCAGAACUGGAAGCAGAGGACUCAUUGGAAUAUUUUAAACCAUACAAAAUGGCUGUUGUGAUGUUCAGACCAGUCUACUAACAUAGGCAGAAGAUGCCAUUUGUUUGAGGUUAGGCUAAGUAUUGAUAAAAAAAGAAAAAUGAUCCAUGUUUUCUACCCCGUCAUGGACAGAAAUUUCUGGCGAAGUCAAAGCUUGUGCCCACGACAGGCAUGCUUGAUGGAAGCAUGCCAAAAAUUACCCAUACCCACACCCACGUUUUCUACAUUACUGUGGAAAACAUCGCAGAUGAAAAAGUGUUGUUAUACUGUGAAAGAAAAGCAUUGAUUGCGAACACUGAAGCACAGUGGCGUAGUGUGGGCAGGGCCACUGGAACGGUUGCCAUGGGCGCAAAAUUCUGGACUUGUGGAAACGAUUCAGGGAGUGCUAAUGGUCCACUGGUUAGGGGGCGCAAUACUUGCGUUGCCCAGGAUGCUGGCAAUCCAUGCUACACCACUGGUGAAGCAUAACUUCAUCAAUGAAAAUGUCAGCCCUGGGUUCUGCUCGGACAUUGUUGGAAUUGCUUUGAUUGUGGUUAAACUGAAACACUUAAUGUAAAGAGUGAGGUUUUGCUUCUGAUUCAGAGUGCCAAAUAGAAAAAACCUUUAAAACUUCUUGGCAUGUAAUUUACACUGUUUUGAAACAUUGCUGAUAAUUUAUAUGUGGUUCCGUGACAGCCAUUUACUAGAGUAACUCUGCUAUGCAAGAUGCUUGGUAUAUCAAAUCCAUUGAUUGUGCAUUAAAUGUGGGUCUAUAUUACAAAUAAAUGAAAUAUUUGUAGA